AUGGACCCGCGCCGUCGAGUCUCCCUGCUGCUCUGCUUCUCCCUGCUGGCAGCCGCCCUCUUGCAAAGCCGAGCUUCCCCUCUGAACGGGGAACUGCGCUGCCAAUGUGUGGAGCUGUUUACCGGCAGGUUCCCCGCAAAACUCAUCACUCGGCUAAACCUCUACCCUGCGGGACCUCACUGCGCCAACAUUGAAGUCAUAGCCACCACAACAGAUGGGAGAGAAGUCUGUCUGGAUCCCGAGGCGCCUCGGAUCAAGGCGGCUAUUGCAAAGCUUCUGGAAAAGAAAAAAGAAAGCAACCAGCUGUGA